AAAAGAAGAGAAAAAAGGGAAAAGGGGGAAAACGAAGAAGAAACGUUGCUCUUUGGUUCGAAAGCCCACAGAGAGCGAGGGUUCUGUGAGAAGAGAGAGAAGGGGGGAAAAAGAGAAACUGAAAGGCGGGAAGAGGGGAAGGGUGAGGAAGUUUGGCGAUGGUGGAGGUUUUGAGGUUAAGCUCAUGCCUUGGAAUCUAUGCGUAAGGGCUAGGGUUUCAGACUAUCUCCAAAACAAGAAAUUGCAUAUUCUUCAUCGGGUACUUGGCGGAGGAAGAUUAAAUCAUGCCGUAUCGAUAGAUUUGUCAGUUUCUACCGCUACCUUACUGGGCAAUGACCAUGAGCUCCUAGGAGAGGAAACAAUAUCUUCCUAUCCUUUAGCACAUUCCUUCCAAAGGCUAUAGUGUAUGCUUUACCAAACAUUGGACAAGCUUCAGAAUUCAGAUGGACACUUCUAAACCACAUCAUAGUUCAGACAGAGUUCCUUUAUCGUUUUGACUAGCAUUCCCACACUUUUGAGUAUCUAUCGAAUAUACUUUGAAGGAAAUCGAGUGAUCAUCAGAACUCAUGCUGUGAACACAGUCACCAACAUAUUAUUUUGAAGCUCCUCAAUUCUAAUCUAAGAAGGUUGUAGUGGCCAAGAGAACCACCUGGGUCUUGGUGUCACAACACGACAUACCUCCCUCGUUAUAAACAACAAAGUGAACUGAAGAAGUAGUUUUAGCAUGCUACAAGGACUGCAAACUUGGAGGUACUCUGCCUAUUUGUGAAACAAUAUGAAGCUCGAAGACUUCUUUACCUUGACUGAGAUUAAGGAUGGGCUCACUGCCCUUGCUAGAGUUGAAGAGCUAGUCUCCAUAAUGCAGGAGGAGAAAGAUUCUGUUCUGAAGAAUGUCAGGGAGGCAGGAAGACAGUGGUCCACUGUUGCAAGUACCUUAACAGCAACAGAGAGUAAGGACUGCCUUGAUCGUUUUGUUCAGUUAGAUGGACUCCGCUUCCUUGACCGUUGGCUUCAGGAGGUGCACAAAUGUAGUGAUGAAAUGAACGAUAGUUUUGCUGAAGAGUCAGUCACUUCACUCUUAGCAGCAAUUGAGAAACUGCCCAAAGACAAGGAGAGAUUAAUUUCUUCUGGCAUCAGUGUGACUUUGAAGGAUCUUUUUGGUCACAAGAACACAAGGAUUCAAGAUAGGGCAAGAGCUCUAUUUGAAGGUUGGAACCAGGUAAGGGAUGAGGAUGCAGAUCACCAAGAUAUUGAGAAAGGUGGGGCAUGCCUGGAGGCUGAGGUUACAGCUAGUGCAAAAGGAACUGCCGAGAGUGGAUGCCCAGAACAGUCGGAUACUGUUUCUCCUUUGAUAGGAAGCGGUGAUGAGGAUAAGCAUUUGAUAGAGCCUUCUGGUGGUGAAUUUCAGCACUCACAAAACUCCAUUGGUUCUCAUUCUCGUAGUGUUGAAGAUGCAAAGUUCCAUGUAUCUGCUAAUCAGCAUACGUCUCUUAUACCUUCGAACCAGGUAGAUCAGGAUGGAUUUCGAGUGUAUGCUCUGGAAGGUCAAUCUAGUGCGGAAGAAUCCUCUUUACAUCCUGCGGAAAAAACAGCCUGCACUGGUACAUGCAGUUCUCCAGUUAUGCUGAAAGUUAAUACCGAGGGCAAGUCCUCAGAUAUUUUAGACCUGAAAGAUACCACCGAGGAUGGGAAAGAAAGAGUUGGGGAGAAAGGUAGCCAAGACAUAUCUGGUAGGGAGGAAUCUGAAUCUGAUUCUGUUUCUACCUCUUUGGGGCCAAAAUGUAUUUUGUCAACUGCUAAUCAUCUGCAAUCUGUGACGGAACCUACUGCUGAAGAAACACUGGUUUCUGAGGUAAAGGGUGUGUCUGUUGAUGAUGGGUUGGUAAAGCACUCCGGUAGCACAGAAGAUUUCAAGACUACAGGUCAAGGUGAUGAGUGUCUUUCUAAUAGUUUGCAGGACUUACCUAGUGACAGGCAUACAUUGCGGAAGGCAGAGAGCCUGGAGACUUCCUUUUGCAGGAUUGAAGAUGUUAGAGAAGUAUCCAAUGUUAAAUAUCUUGCUGGUGAGUCUAGUUCAAAAGUAUGCAGAAGAGAGGAAAUGGCAAUCCCUGCUGAUGUCCCGAAAUUGAAGAGGGAUACAAAAACCUCUGGAAAGAUUGAAAAAAGGGAAUCAGAAAUGGAACUUGAGUAUGGAAUGGAUGAUGCCUUAGAAUUGGCUCGGCAAGUUGCUAAAGAAGUGGAGAGAGAGGUAGUGGAUAAUAGAGAACCAUUCUGCAGCUCCUCUUCUGAGAAAAAUUCUGAAGGUGGAGUCAUUCAGCCUGAUAGUCCUGAUUCCAUAAAUGAUGAGCAAGACCAACUCAUGACAGGGCCACUACAUAAUGUGCCAACCGAACGAAAUCUCUCUUCUGUGGCCUCUUCUCCAAAGGAGGAUGAGAAUUUAACGAGUUCAAAAGAUGUUGACACCAAACCAGAGAAGCGUAUGCAAGACGUAGAGUCCUCCCAAGUGACUGAGGCUGCUCAAGAACCAGCAGGUAACAGUGGAAGGAGCCCAUAUGGUUUUGAUCUUAAUGAGGAUGUCUGCUCAGAGGAAAUGGCUAGCCCACCAACUCCCAACUCUGCCCCCAUUGCUGUUGCCACAACAAAAGCAGCAGCAGCUACUACAAUUCCUGCGGCUCCUUUGCAUUUUGAGGGGACUUUGGGAUGGAAGGGCUCUGCUGUAACCAGCGCUUUCCGUCCCCCAGCUCCUCGCAAGACUCCAGAUGGUGAGAAGACUCUCUCAGUUGAGGGGAGCAGCCAUAGUUCCAAGUACAGACAAGAUGUCCUUGAUAUCGAUCUGAAUGUGGAUGGGGCUGAUGAUGAUGCUGUCACUGAUCUGGCUUUAGCAAAACAUAACCCCGAGUCCUCGAGUCUUCCUUCUGGGGAAUCUUCUGUCGAGGUGAGUUCAAGAAGAGCAGAGAGGCUUAAGUUAGACCUUAAUCGUUCUGGUGACAAUGAAGAUGCUCCUUUGUCCGAUUCAAGGACAGAAGGCCAGUUUCAUCAUCACCACAGAAAUGGCCAUCGAAGUCCAUCCCCUGCCUCCUCCUCAUCAUCAAGGCAGCCUUUAGUGAGAAACAUUGAUUUGAAUGACAGUUCAUAUUUCUUCGAUGAUACUUAUGACCAGCGAAGGCUUGGUAAAUCACCUUGUGAAGACAUGAAUGGACAUGGAGGUUUUAAGGUGGAUGAUCGUUUCAUUUCGAUCAUGGGGAAGAGAGUGGACGUCAACCUAAAGGAUUGUAUCCCUCAAACUUGUUCCUUCAUUCCAAAUGGGCAGAUUGGUGAAUCCUUGAUGGAGACUGGCAUGACAAGAUCUGGUGGUGGUGUGAUGGCAUCCCCAGCAAUUGCUCAAACUGCCUCACCUUCUCGGUUGUUUGGGUACAGUGGCAUGACAGCAGGGUCCUCCAUUUCUGUCACCCCAGCAGUGUAUGGACCUGGUGAUAUCCCAUACAUGGUAGAUUCUAGAGGGGCCCCUGUUUUACUGCAGAUAAUGGGCUCCCCGGCAACUGAUCCAUCUUCCUAUGCUCGAGGGUCUUUCUAUACAAGCAUGACAAGCAUGCCAUCAGGUUUGAAUGGGGUUGGGCCAUCACAAUCUGGCUUUGAUCUCAAUUCCGGUGUUAUGAUGGUUGAGGGCAGUGAAAGCAGGGAAUCAGGGGGUUUGAGGGAGCUGUUUGUUCAGGGGCAGGGUGGGUCUGUGGAGGAGCAGAUGAGGUCUGCCUCACUGGCUCUGAAUUCAAGGGUGGGAAUCAGGCGGAGGGAACCAGAGGGUGGGUUGGAAUCAUAUCCGGUUGGCUAUAAAAGGCAAGCUCCGUGGAAUUAGAAAGUUUUGUAUUGUUUACCCAAGGCUGGCUUUAUCCUUUUGGAGGAGCUGCCUUUUAGGAAAGGAUAACAGAAAAGGUGCUUACAUUACUGGAGAUGGCGCAGAAGAUAGAUGUGCCCAUCGGCUUAUGUGGGAGGGACGAAGUUUAAACUGAAUAAGGCUGGAGGAUGGAUGGAUGGAUGGAUGGGGACUGGCAGAGGAAGAGAUGGGGGAGAGCUGGGGAGGGCUUUAGUGUAGGCUUGAUUGUUCAAUUUUAUUCUUAAUUUAUUUUCUUGUUUAAUUUUCAGUUCUUCAUAGAAGGCCAUUACAACCAGAAAGGGGAAAGGAUAGCUGGGUCACCAUGCCUCUGUAAAUCUCUCAUAAAUAUCAACAGGAAAUGAAAGAAUUGGGUCUCAUUUACUCGGUAUUUGCUGUCUGUGCCUUGUAACUACUCUCCUAAAGUCUAACUCAGUGUACAGACUGUCACAUUCAUUUAUGGGAAAUAUCGAGAUUCUAGGCGUUCAA